UGAAAACAUCUUUGACUCCAAGGAAAGUGGAAAAGCGACAGAUCCAAGGGGCGUCAUAUGUGCUCGAAUAAAACCUGACUGACUCUCAGGAUAAGCCGUGUUGAAGGGGAUGCUGGGUGUGUCAGACAUGACGGGCAGCAACAUGGCCAAUGCCCUGGCAAACGCCUCGUGUGAACGGUGUAAAAGCGGUUUUGCCCCGGCAGAGAAGAUCGUCAAUAGCAAUGGCGAGCUGUAUCAUGAGCAGUGCUUCGUCUGCGCCCAGUGUUUCCAGCAGUUUCCAGAAGGACUCUUUUACGAGUUUGAGGGGAGGAAAUACUGCGAGCAUGAUUUCCAGAUGUUGUUCGCCCCCUGCUGUCACCAGUGCGGAGAGUUCAUAAUUGGCCGUGUGAUAAAGGCCAUGAAUAACAGCUGGCAUCCCGACUGUUUCUGCUGUGAUAUCUGUCAGGCCGUGCUCGCCGAUGUAGGAUUCGUCAAGAACGCUGGCCGUCACCUCUGCCGCCCGUGUCAUAACCGCGAGAAGGCUCGCGGCCUCGGGAAGUACAUCUGUCAGAAGUGUCACGCCAUCAUCGAGGAACAGCCGCUCAUUUUCAAAAAUGACCCCUACCAUCCCGACCACUUCAACUGCAGUAACUGCGGGAAGGAGCUGACUGCUGAUGCUCGAGAGCUGAAAGGUGAACUGUACUGCCUCCCCUGCCAUGAUAAGAUGGGUGUGCCGAUCUGUGGCGCGUGUAGGCGUCCUAUCGAAGGCCGUGUGGUUAAUGCCAUGGGCAAACAGUGGCACGUUGAGCAUUUUGUCUGUGCUAAAUGUGAGAAGCCCUUCCUGGGACACCGUCAUUAUGAGAGGAAAGGUCUGGCUUACUGCGAGACUCACUACAAUCAGCUCUUCGGUGAUGUUUGUUACCACUGCAAUCGUGUGAUCGAAGGAGAUGUGGUGUCGGCUCUGAAUAAGGCUUGGUGUGUGAAUUGUUUCUCCUGUUCAACGUGUAACACCAAACUCACCCUCAAGGACAGAUUUGUGGAGGUGGACCUGAAGCCGGUGUGUAAACACUGUUACGAGCGGCUGCCGGAAGACUUGAAACGGCGCUUGGCGAAACGUGAACGUGACUCUAGCGAUCGCCGAAAGAAAGCCAUCGCCGUCUGUCUGUAACCUGUCUCUCUUUCUCUCUUUUCCUCUUCAUUUUCAUCUGCUUCACUCGUUCAUUGUCAUUGGUUAGUGCCUUCCGUUUGUCUCAUUUCGUUUCUCUGUUUCUUUAUAUCCGCUUCAACCAGGUUAGAUUGUCAUUUUGCCUUUUGUUUGUUGGUUCCGCAUGGUGGUCAUGAUCGUCAAAUUCUUGAUGUCUGUUUUUUUUCUCUCCAUGAUUUUGAAACUCAGAGUCAGUCCAUUGCACCGGUGAUUCCCAACCACAAAAUAAUUGGACUUUGCUAUGUUGUACUUGUAAAACAAAACGUAUGAUGUAAAAUGAAAACGGGGAUUAGGGCUGGGUAAAAAUAUAGAUGUAUUUUUUAUUUUCUCCCCAAUUCCCAAUGCGCUCUAAGUCCUCGUGGUGGUGUAGUGACUUGCCUCAAUCCGGGUGGCGGAGGAUGAAUCUCAGUUGCCUCCGCGUCUGAGACCGUCAAUCCGCGCAUCUUAUCAGGUGGCUUGUUGAGCGCGUUACCACGGAGACUCACAGCAUGUGGAGGCUUCACGCUAUUCUCUGCGGCAUCCACGCACAAUUCACUACGUGCCCCACAGAGAGCGAGAACCACAUUAUAGCGACCCCAUGUGACUACACUCUCUAGCAACCGGGCCAAUUUGGUUGCUUAGGAGACCCGGCUGGAGUCACCCGAACCCGCGACUCCAGGGGUGGUAGUCGGCAUCAAUACUCGCUGAGCUACCCAGGCCCCAAAAUAUAGAUUUUCUUAUUAAAUCGCAAUCAUCUUUUUGAACGAUCACGAUAUCCAUUCAUAAAGUCCCAAGAUCGAUCUUUUAAAAAAACCCAAAGUGAAGCAGUUUGGUUUGACUCGUCCGUCUAAUGUGUUCAAAGAUGAUAAUGUCUCUUUUAAUAUCCUUUCUGUCUUUACAAUCAGUUGUUGAUCAGACAUGGUAAGAAACAUUUUAAUUGUAAAAAAAAAACAAGCUGUGCAACUCGUUAAUAUUCGUUCAACCAAAACAAAUUGCAGAACUUCCACUGAUCAAACGGAAUUGCCGGUUUUCUUAAAGAGACAGUACCAUUUUAGUGUUUGUUCUACACAUCAGUGUAAAUAUUACAAGGCAUUGUGGAGGCAAACAAUCAGCAUGUUACUUGAGCCUUACUGAUGGUGCUGUGGGGGUACUUGCAGCAAAACAGGUUGGGAAACACUGCAUUACACCACUCUCAGAAAUAUAUGUAUGAGUAUAUACAAACAACAUAAGUCCUAAAGGAAUAGUUCUCCCAAAAAUGAUCAUUCUCACUUGAUUUACUCACUCAAACUCUUAUGACUUUAUUAUUCUGCAGAACACAAACAAAGAUAUUUUGAUGGAGAGAUGAUGUGUAGUGUCCAUACAAUGCAAGUCACUGGGGUCUAACACUUACAAGCUCCAAAAGGACAUAAAUGCAUCAUAAAAGGUCAUCCAUAAGUCUCCAGUUGUUUAAUCCAUGUCUUCUGAAGUGUGUACAGCCCUCUGCACAUGCGUCAAGCAUGAGGAAGUGUAAUUGAGCUUCAAAUCAUGACUUACAGUGAAAAAGUUACGUUUUAGUCUGUUCCACCCCAAAACUGAUCGUAUCGCUUCAGGAGACAGAGCUUGGAAUUGUUGGACCCCGUUGACUUGCAUUGUAUGGACAGAAACACCUCAUAAAUCCAUCAAAAUAUCUUCAAUUUUGUUCCGCAAAAGAAAGAAAGUCAUACGAGUUUGAGACGGCAUAAGGGUGAAUAUCUGAUGAGAGAAUUAUGUAUUGUCAUGUAUUAGUGAACUAUCCCUUUAACACAUUAGGCUUCUCUUAUUCAAGCUCCUAAAGCAAAAUUAUUGGUUGGCAUUUGUAGGAACAAGUUCGUGGAGUUCGACAUGAAGCCAGUGUGCAAGAAAUGUUACGAGAAGUUUCCUCUGGAGCUGAAGAAGAGACUCAAGAAGCUGGCGGAGACUUUGGGCCGCAAGUAGAGCUCCUCACCCACGGCGUGUUCAAGUGUAACACUGAUGGUGCUUAAAAGACCAAACAAAAUCUGGACUUAGUGCCACUUAUGUCUUACAUGCUUCAUCUUUGUUGUUUUAUGUUAAAUGCCCUGUGAACUGUUCAAAAUGAGGACUGCAGUGUGACAAAAGUAGCCCACAGAUUUUCUUUGGUCCCAUCCACCGGGGUUCCUGUGUCUUAAAAAAACAAAACCGAAUUAAUACUUUUAUAUGGUCUAAUUCUAUCUAUAUAUGCACUUGCAUGUUUAUUAAGAUUAAUGUUAGUUUUAUACACACCAUUCAGAGAGCUUGUGAUCAUUCAGCACGUCAUUUGACAUCCGUUGCAUUACAUUUCAGAAACCCUCUCCUGUGUCUGGCCCUAGGCCUCAACUUUGAUGUAUUGAUCGGAGUGCUAUUUGAUAUUUAAUGUAUGCUCAAGCCGAGAGGGGAUUAAAGUUAAUGCAUGAUGUAAUGAGCCUGAAGGAAUGCUGCGACAACUUUAAAACAAAGUGCUUGGGCUGUGUAAUCUCCCUCUCGGACUAAAUGAUUGUGCUUUAUUAAAGCCUGUGUAGAAAUAUGCAAUAAAUUACACCACUUUUACUUCUGCA